AUGUAAAUGAUAGACUACAGGUUGAUAACCAAAAAGGGUGAAGGCACUUUUUCAGAAGUUAUAAAAGCUUAAUCUGUGAAAACUACUUAAUUAGUUGCAAUAAAAUGCAUGAAGCAGAUUUUCCAAACGAUUGACUAAGUAUUGUAUUUUAAUUCUAAUAUUGAAAUUCAAGCAUUAAGAAAGUUAUAAAAUCACGAGCACAUUAUUAAAUUAAUUGAAGUAUUAUAUGAUGAACCUACUGGAAGAUUGGCUUUAGUAUUCGAGUUGAUGGAAUAAAAUCUGUACGAACAUAUUAAAGGCAGAAAAAUACCACUAAAAUAAGAGAAGAUUAGGAGUUAUACGUAUUAAUUACUAAAAGCCAUUGACUUUAUGCACACGAAUAAUAUUUUUCACAGAGAUAUUAAACCUGAAAAUAUCCUGUUGCUUGGAGAUCAUCUUAAAUUGGCUGAUUUGGGUUCAUGCAAGGGUAUUUACUCCAAACAUCCAUACACAGAAUAUAUCUCAACGAGAUGGUAUAGAUCUCCAGAAUGUCUAAUGACUGAUGGUUAUUAUGAUAGUAAAAUGGAUAUAUGGGGUGCCGGCUGUGUCUUAUUCGAGAUCACAGCUCUAUUCCCUCUCUUUCCUGGAAGUAAUGAAUUGGAUCAAGUGCAUCGCAUUCACAACAUUUUGGGAACACCCAAUCCUAAAGUCCUUGAUCGAUUCAGGAAGCAUGCGACUCACAUGGAAAUCAAUUUCCCUUAAAAAGUUGGAACUGGAUUAGAGAAUUUGAUUCCAAACGCUCCUAAAGAUCUUGUAGAUCUAAUUAAAUAGAUGUUAAUUUAUGAUCCAGAAGAACGUAUCACUGCAAAACAAGCACUGAGACAUCCUUACUUCAAAGAAAUAAGAGAUCAAGAAUAAUAAAGAUUGUUAGAAACUAGUUUAUAAUCGAUAAAAUUAUUAAAAAAAAAUGAUGAUUCCCUUAUGGACGAAGAGUAAAAUACAACUCAGAUAAUUCAUAAAAAGACUUUAUUUAAUCAAACCAAUAAAGUCUUAUAAAACUCUUUUAAGAAUAAAAAUUUGCAUCUCCUGGAUUGUGUAAAAUUGCCUACUCUAACAAAAAAAUAAGCAGACUUAAAGAAGGCUUAUGGUCCAGCACAUUUUUAGACUACAAAGAAAAAGUCUAUUUAAUAUGAAUACAUCUUAUAUGGUAAAAAGGCUAACUUAGGUAAUUUUCUAAAUACUCUCAGACAUAAAUGA